CUUGAUGUUUCAGGUUCUCAAUUCAUGCCGAUAACCACAAGUUACGAUUACGAUUCCAUUUUGACGGAGGCAGGCGACUACACUGACAAAUAUACCGGAGUUAAAAAACUGAUGGAACAGUACAACACCAUCCCAACCAGUACACCAGCCGUUCCGAACUUACAACCCAAAGUUGCUUACUCGGCCAUAACUGUACAAAAGCGGUUGUCCUUUAACGACAUCGUAGAUAAGAACGCUCCUUACGUGAUAAACAGCCCGAACGUGGUGGCCAUGGAGCUGCUGGAUAUCAACAAUGGCUCAGGACAAAGCGUUGGUUAUAUCGCCUACAGAAAGGAGAAUGUGGACUUGGCAGCCGAAACAGUUUUGAUGAUCGAGGGACGCAUUUGUGAUACUGCUGUUGUUUUAGUAAAUGGGGUUUUAGUGUCGCCAGUCUUGAAGUCGAUCAGUGAUAUCGACAGAUUCGGAUACUGGAGAAUGAGGAAUUCAACGCUAGUGUUGAAUUCUGAUCCCAUAACCAACGCUACCAUAGAUGUAGUGGUCGAGGAAUGGGGUAGAAUGAAUUGGGGAAACUUAGAUCAGUACCAUCAGUCUUUCAAGGGAUUAUGGCAGGGGGACGUCUACCUCAACGAAGACAAAAUUUCUGACUGGAAAAUCGUCCCUUUAGAAUUCAAGAAAGAAUGGACUAAUAACCUCCAAGGAUGGACUGACAAAACUUCUAACGAUGGACCCGCUCUGUUCUACGCCACUUUGGAGAUCUCCGAUGAGCCCCAACACACCUUCCUGGACAUGAGGAAGCGGACCAAGGGUUUGGUUAUCGUAAACGGUUUCCCAUUAGGAAAAUACCUCAUACUGGGACCACAGCAGACGCUGUAUCUUCCUGGUCCGUUCCUGAGGAAAGGAACAAACGAUAUAGUUAUUUUCGAGCACUUCAAAGCUGACGACCAAGUCUCCUUCGUCUUGAAGCAUAUUUGGAACGUGCCAGAUACUGCAGAAUAAUUUUAAAUAUUCACGUUUCCUAUAUAUUGACAAAUAAACGGAUAUACUGACUUUG